UGAAGCUCUGCCUCUGGCAGUUCCAAGCUGGCUUGGCACGGAGCUGCCUGCCUGCCAAGUAGCAGGACAAGCAGGAAAGUCGCUAGAGGCAGCAGCAAGAAGGGUGUGCCAGGUCCCCGCGUGGUGCAGAGUCCUUCCUGAGUGCAGCCAUGCCCAGUGCUGGUGUGGUGGGGGCAAGGGCCCUCUCAGCUGUUGCCUGGGUGCAGAACUGGCUCUGGAGUUGGUGCCAGGCAGGGCAGGAGUGAGCAAGAGGGAAGGGGCUGCAGAGAAAGGAGCCAGACACAGCCAUCCAGCUCCCAAAUAACCCCCCACCCAACGUUGUCCUCCUGCCCCAAAUAAACUCAAGCCUCACAAAACCUCCUCCUGUUACAGCCCCCCCACUCAUCCCCCUCCCAUUUAGAAGAGCCUGCCACAGCAAAUCUGUGAAUCCUGAGAGUCAACAGGCCAGCGUGGAGAGCUAGGCUCAGCCCUGUGCGUGUGAGGGGGCCUCACUCUCCUAUUGCUCCCCAGCCCUCCCCUGCACACAGGCUGGGAUGGAGAGAGCAACCUGCACACAUGCACUGGAGAGCAGCAUCUGACUGUUUUGACUCAUUUCUUCCCACCACAAAGAAUAUUUUCACUAGCCACCUACGGUUCUAGCUCCUGUGAUGCUCUAAUAACAUAUAAACGUGGUCAUAUUUCAUGUGGGGGGGGAACGUUAAUUCCCUUAGCAACAGUGGGUGAGACAUCUCAAUCCUGGAGGUCAGUGAGUAUAGUAUCAGCCAUGGCAUCCCUGACAUGACAGUAGUUUGAUCUGAGCAGCGUUUCUUGUCAUCAAUAUUUCAGCUUCCCACAGUUGAAAAUCAGCAGGAGUGGGUCUCACCCUCAUUUCCUGCUCUCAAGACAACCAGUCUCCAAGUGUAUGUCCACAUGGGGAUAAAAACUAACCCACGGCUGGCCUGAGUCAGCUUGGCAUUUGGGCUUAGGCUCCAGCCUGAGCUUGAAGUCUACGCUGCAAUUUUUAGCCCCCCAGCGAAUGCCCCUCACUUUCGAGUCAGCUGACCCAGGGGCUUGUGGGGUAUGUCUGAGUGACCAGGUCACAAUUAGUGAGGCAAACGAGGUAAGCUGCUGCGUGAUUGAUUGCAUGCAACAUAGUGAGAUGUUUAUCUGAACCACCCAACUGACAAAUGUGAAACAGAGAAACCAAAUGUGUGGAGCACAAGGAAAAUAAAAGGAUCUGAUGUGCUAGCCUCGAUGACAUCUGGAACUAUGCAUGCAUAAGUCAGCAUUUCCAGAAGGCUCCUGGAGCCAGUAAGUGGGAGGGAGAAGGGGGUUGAGGUAUGGUCUGAGGAGAGACAGUGGGGCCACAUGUUCAGCUGGUGCAAAUUGGUAUAGCUCCGUUGACUUCAGUGUAGGAGUGAUGUCUGAUUGACAGCAGCUGGUGAUCUAGCCUUCUGGUGUUCAGCCAAAACUCUCCUAGCCAUCAGUGGGCAUUUGUUUUGCCUGAGUAACAAGUGAAGGUAAGACUUGGACGUGGCUCUUAGAGGUGUGGGACAAACCCAGCUACACCCUCAGGUUACUAUCCAAUCCAAAGUGGUGAUGAUGAUUAAAAUCUAAUUUGGCAACAGACUCUCAUAGCUUUGUAAUGUCACAAUUUUGCCCCCCACAGGACAACUUACUCAAGCAAACUCCCUUUCCCCCAUCCCUUGCCCUCCCCCCACCCCCUCCCCAAGUGGAAGUCUGUCCUAGGCCCAGGGAAGAAAUGGAGGUGUUGGCUCUGAUGUGCACCUACUCAGCAUUUAAAUGGGGGACGUGGGAUAGCAAAAGGGAAUCCAGUUCUGGGAUUAAUAUACCGAGCCACUGUAGCUCCCUUCAGUGGAAGCUGGGUCCUAGGCUGGAUGCUGGAAUCUUCAUAAACAGCUCUUGGAUUAAUGGUGGUGAGUGGCCUCACAUGCUAGCAGAAAACCAGUGUGUGUAAGCCAUAGACCCUGAUACUUAAAGGAUUAGGCAGGAAGGAGAAUGGAAUGCCAUUGGGCAGAUAUCUAGUUCAACCUAUUGGCCCCAGGGUGCCUCUGGAGUUGGCAGGGUUUAAAGGUGUGCUGGUUUAGACAGCAGCGUGUGGAAUCAAAGGGAUGAAAUGGAUCCGUUCUGACAGACUUGAAAUAACAGCGGAAUGGUUCAGGCGCUGCUUGCCAAAUUCAUCUGCUGUCUUUGUCUCUCUAAGCCUUUGGAGUGGUGCCAGCAAUAGCUGGAGAGGUGUUUAUAGUUAUAACAGAGUGACUUCUGGGGGCACAGACAUCUGCACCCCUGUGUUCCAUGCUUUGUACCCCGCUCUGAUUGUGGUAAGUAUUUACCUAGCCCAGUGCAUCGCGUCAGUGUAAGGGUGUCCCUAAGGAGGAUGUACCUGACUCUGACAUGUCCUUCCUGUAGGACUGUGGACACCUCACUUAAUCUCUCUGUGCUUCACGUUCCUCAUCGUAAAAUGGGGAUAAAAAUCCCUCCUUCGGGUAUGUCUGUUAAUGUUCUUAACAGCAGUUUGAGCCCCUCAAAUGGAGGGUGCUAUAGAAAUAAUGCCCUAGGUCUUAUCUAGAGAUCCCUAGAUCUCAAAGCACUCUACACAGGUCAGUAUUUCUUUCCCCAUUUUAUAGAUGGAGAAACUGAGGCACAGAGAGACGUGACUGGCCCAAGGUCACCCAGCAGACUACCGGCAGAGCCAGGUAUAGAAUGAGUCCCAGUCCAAUGCUCUAUCCACUAGGCCACGCUGCCCCAGUUCAGUGUUAUCACUGCUGCACAGACGUUCCUGUUACUUGCUUUCAGAUAGUGUCCUCUAAGCAGAGGCCAUUCUCUCCAGCUCUCUUCCCACCUUUCAGCUGAGCAUGUGUUUAUGAUCUCCCCACUGCACCUUGCAACAGUUAGAAAAUGUCCUCUCACAAGGCUUGGUUCCUUUUUACAGAGGGACGUAGGACCUCGGAACCUUGGAUCCUAGUCGGUGGUGAUCUUUUAUUGGAAUGUUCAAAGCAGAGAGAGCAGCCAAACUGUGUCAUCCCCCUAGGCUUCUUAGUUGGACUGUUUUGGUGUUCUGACUCAGCAGACCAUUCUGCCCUGAUGAUGCAAUAGCAAAAAAAGCGUACAAUGAAGCCUCCCUUUAUUCCCUAAUCCUGUUUGCUUUUCUAGAAACAAUCCCUAGCCCUAGCAUCACUGACUUAAUUCUUGGAUCCCAUUUUCAUGACAAAGCGAAUGUCUGGUACAAAAGGAGCCUUAUAAAAAGGGCCUCCCAGAUUCUGGCCCUUCGCAGUUGCUUCUGGAAUUCCUGCAGCAAUUGGGGUGUAGUGUCUAGAACGGAAAAUGUCCAAAACAGGAACCAGGAUCACUUUCUACGAAGAAAAGCAUUUCCAGGGCCGUCGCUAUGAGUGUGACAGUGACUGCCCUGAUUUUCACACCUACCUAAGCCGCUGCAACUCCAUCCGAGUGGAGGGGGGUGCCUGGGUUGUCUAUGAGCGGCCUAACUUUGCAGGGAACAUGUUCGUUCUGACCCACGGCGAGUACCCCGAGUACCAGCGCUGGAUGGGCCUUAAUGACCGCCUCAGCUCAUGCAAAGCCAUUCACUUAUCCAGUGGAGGCCAGCACCGUAUUCAGAUCUUUGAGAAGGGGGACUUUGGUGGCCAGAUGUAUGAAUCCACAGAGGACUGCUCUUCGGUCUUGGACGAGUUCCGCAUCCGGGAAAUCAACGCCUGCAAAGUGCUGGAGGGGGCCUGGGUAUUCUAUGAGCAUCCCAACUUCCGGGGCAGGCAGUACCUCUUGGAGAAGGGGGAGUACCGCAAGCCCGUUGAUUGGGGGGCUGUGUCCCCCACUGUCCAGUCCUUCCGCUGCAUUGUAGAGUGAGGGGUGGGGCAGCUCCCCGGCGGGGGCUGACACCCCUGCUUUGCCAGGGAAACUGAGUGGAGUCUGUGAAUAAAGCUAGUGGCUGAUGCAA